UUAUUUAUCUAAUACAUCUGUCUCCUCAACAAUGGAUAUUUCAUCAGCUACAUGGUGGUCUGAAAUGGAUGUUAUGAAUAUGAACGAACUUCAAUACAUUGACCAGACAUUUGAUGAUUUUGCAUUCAAUAGUGACCUAUUUACCUUGGAUAAUAUUCAAGUUUCUCAAAGUGGUGAAAUAUUUGAGGAGAAACCAGCCUUUUGCAGUUCAAUUAACCAAAAUACUAGUACCUCUCCGCCUUGUUCGUCUCCCAGUGUUAUUUCUUUUUCCAACUCCAAUUCUCCAUCAGCCACUCCUACUACUACUAAUGCCCAAAACUACUUUAAAAAUUUGAAUACAUCUUCUCUUAAGACUGAGGUUCCAUCAGGAACUACUAUUAAUUUCUCCUCAUCAAAUACUUGUUCUGAUUCUGAUUACGAUGAUAGUAAGCAACUAUUCCAGGCCAUGGGAUUUGGUGCUGGUCAGUCGAAGAAGAUGAAUUAUAGUAGAACGCCUUUACAGGCUCAAGACCAUGUUUUGGCUGAAAGAAAGAGAAGAGAACGACUCACUCAGUAUUUCGUAACUCUGUCCACCCUCAUCCCUAACCUAAAGAAGUUGGACAAGGCAUCAAUACUUGGAGAUGCGAUUACAUAUAUUAAACAACUUGAAGAACAAGUAAAAAGGCUAGACGAAGAAGCUAACAAGCAACCAGUUAAGAGAAGUCGGUUGCACUCAAAUUAUGACAAUUUUUCAACUUGUAAUGAAAACUCCAACAAAUCAGUUGUUCCAGAAAUUGACGUUAGAGUUUCAGAUGGAAAUGUGUUGAUUAGAGUUUGUUGCAAAAAGCAAGCGGGAAUAAUAAAGGAAAUAUUCAGCCAAGUAGAAAUGUUUCAACUCACUAUUACUAGUAGCAGUGUCAUUCCAUUUGGUUAUGAUACAACACUCAUAUCUAUUGUUGCUCAGAUGGAUCAUCAGUUGGACAUGGCAACAGAACAAGUCGCGAACAACAUACGUUUGUCUAUAAUGAAGCUUAUCAAUAGCCAUAAAUAAGACAAUUGUCUAGUUGCAUAGAGAAGAAUUUCAAGAUCUCAGAAGCUAAUUUUCAGCUAUUUAAAGGGCAGUGUUGAAUUUAGAUUAAUGUAAGGGUGGAUUCCAUGACUUGGGUCUUGGGUAGAAGGUUUUCAUUA